CUGAAAAACAUCCCAUCGUCAAGCCUGCAGGGCCACUGGCGGCGGGGCAGGGCACAUGAUCAGCUCUGUGUUAGCUGGGUGUGUUGGAACUGCCUUGGGCUAUGGCAAUGGCUCGUCCGAUAUCCUGGAUGAAUGCAUUACGGCCCGCAUGCUCCGCUUAGGAGGCACAGCUGCAGCAACUGCUUUGGCUGUGCAAAUCUGCAUUUUCGAGCGAGCGGGUAAAGGAUCCAAAGUCCUCGAGAAGAACGAGGACAAGAGCCUGGUCUUCAGAGAGGAGGAGGGCAAGACUUUGUUGGUGCCUUUGCAUCCAAAAAGCAGCUCGAAGGAGCUGAAGAAAUUCACCCUGGACGAGGUGGCAAAGCACAACAGCCGAGAUAGCUUGUGGAUCAUCGUGGACGACAUGGUCUAUGAUGCCACCAGGUACAUUGACAAACAUCCUGGCGGUCCUUUGAUGCUGGAGAAUAUGGCAGGCAAGGACUGCACGGACGUGUUUGCAAAUUACCAUUCUGCUCGUGUAUACAAACAGCUUCUGCCACCGAUGCUCAUUGGCGAGGCAACGAACGUCACGGUGCCUCCACAUGUACAGGAUUUCCGCGAGGUGCGGCAGGAACUUUUGCGUCGCGGGCUUUUCGAAACCGACAUGCGUUUCUAUGCGAAGAUGGCUGCAUGGCUCAUCUCGCUCUUUUUGCUUUCUUUGUACCUUUCGAUAGGCUGCACCUCUAGCACCUCGCACAUGCUGGGUGCGGCCGUCAUGGGAAUCUUCUGGCAGCAGCUGGCCGGAAUCGGCCAUGACAUGGGCCACAGCGGCAUCACCCACAACUUUCACUUCGACCAUUCAUUUUGCUCGACCCUGGUGGCUUUCAUGGGCAUCUCAGUUUGUUGGUGGAAGAGAAAUCACAAUACCCAUCACAUUGUGUGCAAUUCGAUCGAGCACGAUCCGGACAUCCAGCACCUCCCAGCCCUUGCGGUGACGCCGGAGAUCUUCAAGAAACCGUUUUGGAGUACUUACUACAAUGAACUCAAAGCCAUGGAUGCCGUGGCGAGGUUCUUAGUGAGCUUCGAGCACAUUCUCUUCUAUCCGAUCAUGAUGGUGGCGAGGUUCAACCUCUAUGCUCAGUCAUUGAUUCAGCUAUGUGCCAAGGAGCCUCUGCACUAUAGACAACGCGAGCUGAUUUGCUUCGCCGUCUAUUUCCUGUGGAUUGGAAAACUGGUCCUGUCUCUUCCCACCUGGAAGGAGACGAUCGGCUGGUUGCUGGUGAGCCACGCCGUCUCCGGGCUUCUCCACGUGCAGAUUUGCUGUUCCCACUUUUCCAUGGAGAAAUACCAUGGUCACGCGUACAACGAUGAGAAGGAUGAGUGGUACAUCACGCAGUUGAGGACCACCAUGAACUUCGACACGCCUCCAAUGUUGGAUUGGGUUCACAUUGGUCUGCAGUUCCAGAUCGAACAUCACCUUUUUCCUCGACUUCCUCGACACAACCUCCGCGAAGCACGGAGGUUGGUGAAGGAGGUGUGCAAAAAGCACCAGAUCCACUACCACGAACCCGGUUUUUUCCAGGCGAACCUUGAGACCUUGCAGUGCUUGUGGCACACGGCCAAGGCUGCUCGCUUGACAAAGAAGGGCGACAGUGGAUUCUACGAGAGCAUCCUCUGGGAUGGAUUGACACUCAACGGCUAGGACAUGCAUCGCGAUCGCGGGGUUUCGCGGUUUGUUGCCUUGGGCGAACUGCGAAGCGUUUGCAGCGAAGCGUUUGCCAGCAGGGUUUUCUGGUGAACACCUACCACCUGAGACCAUGGCCCAUAAAUGCUGG